GCCGGAGAGAUGACAGUCGCAACCUUGACCGUGAUGACUGGGUCCACGAUCGAUAUGAAGACGACUACGACUGUACGCGGAUUUCCAGAGAUAUUUCUUUCCUUACUCACACAUUCAGCCCAACCAGCGACUCGCACUUCACGUGGAUCUCGCAUCGAUCGAUAUGCUCCAGAAGAGGACAAUACUCAAACGGCGAAGGUUCGAGUUGAAAAUCUGCAUUACGAGCUCGGGGAAGAUGAUCUUCGGGAGCUGUUCACCCGUAUCGCGCCUCUACGUUCCCUCCAACUCAUCUACGACCGUGGAGACCGAUCCACCGGAGUUGCUUUUGUGACGUACCAGGAUGUCGACGGCGCUCGCGCUGCAAUUCGCCAGUUCGACGGUGCCAAUGCGAAAGGUCAGCCCAUCCGGCUCUCGCUCGUACCUCAAGGACCCUCGAAACCCACCAAAAAAGACUUGUUCGACCGCAUGGAGAAGCCAAGCAAAAGUUUGUUCGACCGUGUGGAACGAGAUGCACGAAGCAUAUCUCCUGAUCAGGAUCGACUUCGACGUUCUGAUACGACCAAGCCGCCACCAGAUCAUAUUGAUCGGUAUGUCCCGGGCCAGAACGGAGGAGGACGAGGGAGAGAUCCUGCACCAAGAGGAGGUGGUGGACGUGGAAGAAGGCCCGGUGCUCGAAGGGAGGUGAACAGGCAAAGUGGGAGGGAUGAUACUGGAAGACCGGCAGUGCAGGGAAGGCCGAGGAAGACAAUGGAGGAAUUGGACGCCGAGAUGGCAGAUUAUUGGGGCCCAAAAGAGCAAGCGGCAGCUAUGGCGACUCGCCAAGGGUCUACGACCGGCCGGUCAGCCCCUGCGGAUGAUGAUGUCGACAUGAUACUUUGAGUUCAAAUUGCCGAGUGGAAGGGUGAGGAGAUGUGCAGUUCAGUCAAGCCAUUAUUAGCAUGAAUAACGGACUUGGUUAACCAUGUUGCCCACUCUCUAUUUGCAAGUAUGCAAGACAUCAAACUUGAUGUCAGACUCUCAACUCAGCUUGAUGAACUCCUGCCCCAUUUACCUAUUUAUUCCAAGCCAUGAAGCAAAUCCCUCAACCUGCUGCAAUCGCUCGUCCUGUCUUCGAGAUUCCCUCGCUGUCAUAAUGAAUUACCC